UGGUUCCAAAUUUUAAUCUAUAUUUGUUAGUCUCUAAGGUGUCACAAGUACUCCUCGUUCUUUUUGCCUUCACAUAGUUUAUGAAGUAAAGAACAGACUAUACUAGAAUAAGAAAUAUUAGGGCUUGAUUUCCAAAAGUGCUGAGAAUCCAAGCUGUUAACUCCAGGUGGAGUUGUGCGUGCUCAGCAUGUCUGAAAAUCAGGCCAUUCAUCUUUAUAUAUCUACACCAAUAUAUCUUUGGGACGCUACAUUCUUUGGUGCAAUGACUGUUACGAUUAUGUAUUUGUAUAGCAUCUGGCACAAUGGGGCGCACCCUGGUUGUGGCCUUUUAGCUGCUCCUGCACUAUAAUUGAUUAAUAAUAUGAUUCUAAUAACACAGCGUAGGUUAUUACAUUUAUGUUACUAAUCCAAAGAGCUAAUACAUUUGGUGCCCUUUGUACUGAUUCUGUUAACUGUGUCAAUUAUGUGGCACCAGGGGCAGAUUUAAAGCUAAAGGCCAGUGGGCAGAAGAACUAGGGAGAAGAGGUUAGCCUCAGGGUGGUGUUUGGAGAUGAGCCUUUGAAACUGGAAAAGCAGAUGGAGUUAAUUGAUCAGCAAGAGUGGAGCUCUGGCUGUUGUUGAGAAGUUCAUGUCCUCUGCAGAGUGGACCACGACUGGAAUAAAGACUCCCCUUCUCACCAACCUGGUAAAAACUCUGUAGGGUUGAUCUAACUCAUAUGACCCCCUCUCUUUUUUGCACACACACCACAACCAAGCUAAGUCCCUAAUUAGUGGGCACAUGGAGUGUGGGCAGUAUUUUCCAAACAGCUCACAACACUUGACUACAGCUGCUCACAAUUUACCAGACCCACUUGCAUAUGUAUUAUACUGGUGUGGGGAGCCAAUUUUAGAAACUUAACAUACUGUCUCUCCCUUUUUUGCUUUCCUUUUUCUGUUCCUUCAUUUAUUAUUGCUAGGAUCCUGCUGUCCCUCUUCCUUCCUCCUGAUUUUCUCAAUGUCAUUUUAUGUUCAGUGUAAUUUCUCCUCUAGAACUGGCUGAAAACUGGAAUUCCCAUUCUAUGGGAAACGCCAACAUUUCAUUCCGAAACAACAGAAACCAAAAUUCUGAAAUUUCCCACAGAAAGAGAAUUUGAAAAUUUAAUUUAGAAAAAAAUCAAAAUGGUAUUUGACCUUUUAGAAAUGUCUCCAAGGCUGCCCGAGCUGCCAGCUGGUUGGAAAGCCUGGGAGCCCCAGUGCUUCCAGGCUGCUGAGGAACAGGGAGCCUAGAACUCCAGGAUCCCCACCAGGUGAGCUGCUGCAGUUUGGCAGGAGACCAGGUAGGGUUCCACUUGCAUUUCAUCAAAAUGGACACGUUCUUUUGGAACAUUUUAAUUGUGAUAUCAGAGAAACAUUCUGUAUGAAAAGCUCUAUUCUCUUUACUCUCUUUCCCUUCCCCAUUUUCUUUCUUUGUGUUGUUUUCUCCUUCUCCCAUUUUCUUCAAUAAAAUCCUCUCUUUUGCUCUCUCUCAUCUUCUUCAGUCUUUUUUCUACACAGACCACAACCAGUUUUUCCUUGUCACUGCAGAAUUGGCAUGUGCUCUGACGACACCUAGUGUCUAAAGUGUAGAAGUUCAUAAACUGAUAAUGUUUGCGGCAUGGAGAUAUGGGACACAGAUUUACCAAUCUCAAAUGUUUGAAAAUAAGCAUCAUCCUACAAAAUUUAUUUGAAAUAAAUAGAAUCUGGUUCUGAGCCUUUAGGGGGCACUUGGGUCAAGUUUUCUAGCUUUUCUUCCCAACAAUAAGUCACUUAUUGUUUCCUCUUAUUUGAAAGCUGAGAUUCUUGCAUAAUUACACGAUUCCAGGAGCUGGGGCUUCAUACACCAAAUAUUGGGAGUCUUGCCAUAAAAUCAGAAGAGCUGGCAACACUGGAGGCAUAUUGCUGAAAAUUACAAGGGUGGCCAAUUGGGUAGGAAAUUAGAUACCAGGUAUGGUGAACAAAUACACAGGGGCUAAACUGGAAACCAAAGAGGCUACUUGUGAGGAAGCAGAAGGGGAGAGAUUUAAGAGCCACUCAGAAUGCUAGUGGAAUAUUGGAAAUGGCCAAAACUGCCCAAUUCCAGAUAAUUAUUACUAUUUGUAUUUAGGCUUGAAAAGUUAACAUUUUUAUUGAUAAAUGUCAAUAGAGUCAAUUUUACCCUACACACAGAAGCCAUGAAAAAAUCUUGCCAUUGCUAAUUGGAAUGUAUAGAUAAGCAAAGAAAGACAAAUGCUUUCUAAGAACUUAUUAGAGUUUAAUGCAAAUCUGUUUACUUUGUAUAUUUUCAUGUGAUGUUGAUAGUUUGUGUUUUAGUGGUUAUAUAGCUUUAACUUUAAGGUCAUUAAACAAUUGUCUGACUCCACUCAUAGUCUGAUAACACCUCCCUCCAUAAAUUUCCUGGAACUGUGAACAUUUAAAUAAAUAAAAAUUAAAACAUCCUUAAACCCCAGCAUUUUGCAUGACUGUGAAAAUUUAAAUUGAUAAGAAUGUGCUUAAAAACAGUCAGUUAUAUAAAAAAAAAUCUAAUUCUGCCUAGCCUAUUUCUAUUGCAGUAGUACCUAGAAACCAGAGCCCCAUUGCACUACUAUAAAAGCCUAGAGCAGAGAGAGGGUCCCUCCUCAAAGAGUUUACAGCGUAAGCUGGGCGUUCAGUCACAGGGUUCUAACAAACACUCCAGCUCUUCUCACCUUUUGAGCUUUCUGCAGAGCUGAAUGGAGGGUUAGGUUGGAAGGUAAGCAGAUGAGCGGCUGCUGAGGAAGAUGAUGCAAGUAGCCUCCAUCAAUGGCUUUCUUAUGGGUGGCUGUGGCCUUUUCACUUUGCAGCAGUUGGAGACAUACUACCUUCCAUGGGACAGGUCUAAGGCCUGGUCUACACUAGGAGGUUAUGUCGAAUUUAGCAGCGUUAACACGAAUUAACCCUGCACCCGUCCACACAACGAAGCUAUUUAUUUCAACAUAGAGGUCUCUUUAAAUCGAUUUCUGUACUCCUCCCCGAUGAGGGGAGUAGCGCUAUAUUCGACAUGGCCAUGUAGAAUUAGGGUAGGUGUGGAUGGAAUUCAACGCUAAUAGCUCCAGGAGCUAUCCCACAGAGCACCACUCCGUUGACGCUCUGGACAGCAGUCCGAGCUCGGAUGCUCUGACCAGCCACCAGCCACACAGGAAAAGCCCCAGGAAAAUUUGAAUUCCUUUUCCUGUCUGGCCAGUUUGAAUCUCAUUUCCUGUUUGGACAUUGUGGCGAGCUCAGCAGCACUGGCAAUGAUGCAGAGCUCUCCAGCAGAGGUGACCAUGCAAUCGCAGAAUAGAAAGAGGGCCCCAGCAUGGACUGAUCGGGAAGUCUUGGAUCUGAUCGCUGUGUGGGGUGAUGAGUCCGUGCUUUCGGAGCUGCGAUCGAAAAAACGGAAUGUGAAGAUCUACGAGAAGAUCUCAAAAGCCAUGACGGAGAGAGGAUACAGCCGGGAUGCAACGCAGUGCCGCGUGAAAAUCAAGGAGCUGAGACAAGGGUACCAGAAGACCAAAGAGUCAAACGGACGCUCCGGAUCCCAGCCCCAGACAUGCCAUUUCUACGAGGCACUGCAUUCCAUUCUAGGUGCGGCGGCCACCACUACCCCACCACUGUCCGUGGACUCUGACGAUGGGGUAUUGUCGACGGCCGCUUCCUCGGAGAUGUUCGCGGACGGGGAAGAUGAGGAAGGAGAUGAGGAGGACGAGGCAGUCGACAGCGCUUUCAACGCUGAUUUCCCCGACAGCCAGGAUCUCUUCAUCACCCUCACGGAGAUCCCCUACCAACCCUCCCAAGGCGGUAACCUGAACCGUGAAUCAGGGGAAACAUCAGUAGCUGUGAGUGUCUCCCGAGCUACCCCGGCAUCCCCCUCCCAGAGGCUGGCGCAGAUCAGGCGACGAAAGAGAAGGACACGGGACGAAAUGUUCUCAGAACUUAUGGGCUGCUCCCAAGCCGAGGCGGCACAGCAGAUCCAGUGGAGGGAGAACAUGUCGCAAUACCAGCGAUCACACAGCGAACGGGAGGACAGGUGGCGGCAAGAAGACCAGCAGGCGACUCAAACGCUGCUUGGACUAAUGACGGAGCAAACGGACAUGCUCUGGCGCCUUGUAGAUGUUCUGCAGGACCGGAAGCAGGAGGACAGAGCCCCGCUGCAUUCUAUCUCUAACCGCCCUCCCCCGCCACAAAGUCCCAUCUGCCCCACCCCCAAAGUCCCAAGAAGGAGGGGCGGCAGGGGCCGUGAAAACAGUCACUCCACCCCUGCAGACUGCUCAAGUAGCAGAAGGCUCUCAUUCCCAAAGAUUUGAUAUGUCCUUUCCUUCCCUCCAAAAGCACCUCACCCAA